AUGCCUGUUGUCGCUGGCCCUGUCGCAGGAGGUCCUGCCGGUCCUUCAACCUUUGACAAGAUGAAAAUGGGUGCUUUGAUGGGCUCAACUGUCGGUGGUAUCAUGGGUUUCAUUGUUGGAACCGUGACGAUUUUCCAAUACGGUGCUGGUCCUAACGGAGUGUUCCGCACUUUGGGCAAGUACAUGGUGGGCUCCGGUGCGACUUUUGGUGCAAAGCAACUUACACUCUCCCUUUUUCCCAGCCUUUUCAUGUCCAUUGGUAGCGUCAUUCGAACCGAGGGCCCUCACAACGAUGCCUGGCUCCGUGCCCGGGGACCCCCAAUUAUGCUGCCCCGCCAGAAGCCUUUGAACCAACGCCAAUAG